UUAAUUGAACGUCUACCUCAACAAAGAAUUGAAGCACAAACUAAUGUAAUUAAAGUACAAGAUAAACAAAAGAAGUAUCAUGAUCAACAUAUUAAUCCUCAUGAUUACCAAAUCAGUAAUAAAGUUUUAUUAUUCAAUGCAAGAUUGUAUACCAAAGGAAUUUCUCAAAAGAAAUUAGAAGAACAAUUCACAGGACCAUUUUAUAUACACAAUAAAUUUAAUAAUAGUACAUAUCAAUUAUGA